AUGGCAUCUUCGGCUCUCCCGCGAAUCACCAUCCUGGGGUCCCUCAACAUGGACCUCGUCUCCUACGUCCCCCACCACCCCCUUCCCGGCGAGACCCUGACCUCGAACUACUUCACUACCUCCCCUGGCGGCAAGGGUGCCAACCAGGCUGUCGCUUGCGGCAAGCUCUCUCGCGCCUCUGACUUGUCCCACCCUUCAGCUACCGUAUCCAUGAUUGGCGCCAUCGGUGCGGAUCCUUAUGGAACUCUUCUGGUCGACAGUCUCCAAGCCUAUGGCGUCUCUGGAGAUGCUGUUUCUGUUCGCAAGGAUCACAAGACGGGCAUCGCCAUCAUUGUUGUUGACGAGCCUUCCGGUCAGAACCGCAUCAUCCUCUCCCCUGAGGCAAACCACUCGCUCCGCCCCCAGGACUUUGAGACCCUGCCCGAUCCUCGCCCUGAUCUACUCAUCAUGCAGCUGGAGAUCCCCUUUGACACUGUUAUGCAAGCACUCAAGGCCGCUAAGGCUGCCAGCGUCCCCGUUCUUCUAAACCCGGCCCCGGCGCAGGAGCUGCCUGCGGACGCAUAUGAAGGACUUGCCCACCUUGUCGUUAACGAGACUGAGGCCGCUAUCCUUGCGGGUUGCUCCGAAUCAGACUUGGAUGACCUCGCGGGUCUCGUCCGAGUGGGCGGCGUCUUCAUUAAGCGAGGCGUUGAGAACGUCAUCAUUACUCUUGGUGGCCGCGGCGUGUACUUUGCGAACAAGGCUGGCAAGAGUGUCCUACUACCCGCCACCAAGACUUCCGUCGUCGACACCACUGCCGCUGGCGACACCUUCGUUGGUUCCUAUGCCCUUGCCGCCGUCGCUGCCAAGGGCGGCCCCUUCGACAUCGAGACCGCCGUCGCCGCCGCCAACAAGGCCGCCGCCAUCACUGUCUCACGGAAGGGUGCCCAGGUCUCCAUUCCCUGGAGGGACGAACUAGAGUAG